ACGCAGGAUUGUACCCUAGCUUGUGUAUAAGAAGAUUUGAAAACUUUGUAAACGUUUUAGUUUUAGUUCGUGGGUUUCUGUUCAAGUUGGUGAAGGGGCUUCUGUCUUAAAAUUCAAACUUGGGAAAAGAAAAUGAUUGAAAAGUUCACAUAUUCUGUGGCGUUAAUUUUUUUAGUUUUUGCCGAGUUAAGCUUAGGAGAGUCUCAGUUUAUCAAUUUGACACAAUAUCCUGGAGAAAAAUGUAAUUCUAAAUGUGUUAAAAAUCAGACUCGGGUGUGCUACUUUGAGUGGACUUUGGAACUCUAUCACGCAAUGGGACCAGCUUGCGGAAAAUGUGAGGAAGGAGUCGUUUCUGAUUGUUUUAAGCCACAAUGCAUUGUUGGCGAUGGCUACCAAAAAGGUGUAAUGAGUAUCAAUCGAAUGAUACCUGGCCCUGCUCUUCAUAUUUGCAAUGGGGACCUCAUCAUAAUUGACGUUAAAAAUUUGGCUCAUGGGUCAGCUGCUGCAAUUCAUUGGCAUGGACUACACAUGGUGGAGACUCCCUUCAUGGAUGGUGUACCGCACGCGACACAAUGUCCCAUAAUUUUCGAUUCUACAUUUCGAUAUAGGUUUUAUGCAACAGAACCUGGAACGCACUUUUACCAUUCACAUUCAGGACACCACAAAUUGAAUGGCCAAUAUGGAGCGUUAAUCAUUCGAGAACCGGAUGAAGAUAAUCAAAAUAUUUAUGCAUACGACUACGAUCUACCAGAACAUUAUAUUCUUAUCUCCGACUGGAAGCAUGGAUAUGCGGAAAACUCCUUCCCAGGUCUUCCUAAGGGUGAAACAUACCCUGACUCAUAUUUGAUUAAUGGACUGGGAACUUAUGUGGAUAAAGAUACCUUCAAGCACUACCAAGUUCCCGUCACUAUUUAUUAUGUCAAACCAGGAAAACGAUAUAGAUUCAAUCUGAUAAAUUCUGUGUCAUUGACUGAUACUGUUCAAUUGCAGAUCGAAAAACAUAACAUGACGAUAAUAGCAACCGAUUCAAAUGAAGUUGAAGGUGUCACAAUUGACACCCUCUUGUCCAAUUCUGGAGAAAGAUAUGAUCUCGUUAUCAAUACCAACCAUUCUGAAGGUGAUUAUUGGAUUCGAAUACGUGGCGGCAAUACGUUUCAACCACAACCGCUUGACUCCUUUGCCUUGUUACGUUAUGUUACCGAUGAUUCAGACAGAAAUAAAGAACAACCUCCUUUUCCCGACUACAAUUCAACUUAUCCCAUUGGAUAUCGUCUAAAUCAUCCUAAAGCAACAUGUUUCGAUAAUGACAAAGAAUACUGCGUUGCUGAUCUGACAGCAUUGGAAAAAGAUUCGAAUCUUGCCACCAAAACACCUGAUUACAAAUUUGUAUUUUCAUUUUCCAAUCACAUUUUUCCAGUUUCAGAAGGAUUCCAGCCAGGAAAAUACCGACGAUUUGAUAAUCCUGAGGGAGAUAUUAUUGCAGAAGGAAUUGUGAACAACAUAAGUUUGAUAUUUCCUGCAACACCAAUACUCACCCAAUAUUCUGAAGUUGAUAAAAGCCAAUUUUGCGCUAGAAGUCAUUGUCCAGAGAAAUGUGAUGGAGAAUUCACUCGUGAAUGCAUUCAUAUAAUCAAAGUAAAAACAAACAGCAUUGUGGAAAUGGCUUUGCAUGACGAGGCAAAUGUUAACGGUCUAGAUCAUCCCUUUCAUUUGCAUGGAUAUCGUUUCCUCGUAAUGGGGAUGACCGAUAACACCAAAAAUCUCACCGAAGCUAUUGAAUACGCUGGUAAAUCUCGGAAAAGACGACCUGUUUGGAAGGAUACUGUCUCAGUACCAAUGAAUGGAGUGGUCGUGACUCGAUUUAGAGCAAAUAAUCCAGGAAUUUGGCUAUUGCACUGCCAUUAUGAGCUUCAUUUGACCACAGGUAUGGGUUUAUUUUUCCAAGUUGGUGAACCAGAUGAAUGGGUGCCCACUCCUAAACAUUUUCCAAGAUGUCGUAAUUAUAUGCCAGGAGUAAAGAAAAAGCAUGAUGAUCAAUAAAAGUUGAAAUUGAACUUUUGUUUUAUGUGAAAUAAAAUCUAAACUUUUGUUUGCCUUGUAA